CCCAACUUGCUUGUUUUGAUCUACAAUAAAUCUGAAGGUGUCUUUGGUUUUAGAUACAAAGAAAAACAAGGCCAGGAACUUGGAAGAUAGCUAAUCUGCAGCACACUAUGGGGGAAGAUGAUGAUUAUACGAACGAUGGGACUGUGGACAUCCAUAAAAAUCCUGCUAACAAGAAGAAGACUGGAAAUUGGAGAGCAUGCCGCUUUAUUCUUGGAAAUGAAUGCUGUGAAAGAUUGGCAUACUAUGGAAUGAGUACCAAUCUAGUGAACUAUCUUGGGAAACGUCUCAGCAUGGGAAAUGUCGCUGCAUCAACCACUGUCACUAAUUGGUCCGGGACGUGCUACGCCACUCCAUUGAUAGGAGCCUUCCUAGCUGAUGCAUACUUGGGAAGAUAUUGGACAAUUGCCAUCUUUUCAGUUAUUUAUGCUCUUGGGAUGACUUUCUUAACACUCACUGCCUCCAUCAAAGGACUAAAACCACGGUGCGAUAAAUCUGGUUGCCAGGCAACAUCAUCACAAAGAGCAGCCUGCUUUGUAGCACUGUACAUGAUUGCACUUGGCACUGGUGGAAUCAAGCCAUGCGUUUCAUCCUUCGGUGCAGAUCAAUUUGAUGAAACUGAUGAGACUGAGAGGAAGAAAAAGAGCUCAUUCUUCAAUUGGUUUUACUUGUCAAUCAAUAUUGGUGCACUUAUUGCUUCCACAGUUUUGGUCUGGACACAAAUGACUGUGGGAUGGAACUGGGGGUUCGGAAUCCCAGCAGUUGCAAUGGCCAUUGCUGUUGUGUUCUUUUUCUUGGGCAGCAAGUUAUACCGUCUUCAAAAACCAGGAGGGAGUCCCCUCACAAGGAUUAUUCAGGUCAUUUUUGCAUCCAUCAGGAAAUGCAAUGUAAAAGUUCCAGCUGACAAGUCUCUUCUCUUUGAGACUCCAGAUGAGGAGUGUAAUAUCCAAGGAAGCCGCAAGCUUGAGCACACAGACAAGCUAAGGUUCUUCGACAAGGCUGCUGUGGAAUCAGAAACUGACCAUGCCAAGGACUUGCCAAAUCCAUGGAGGCUCUGCACAGUGACUCAAGUAGAGGAGCUAAAGUCCAUUAUCAGAUUGCUUCCAAUAUGGGCAUCUGGGAUAGUCUUUGCUGCAGUAUACAGUCAAAUGAGCACAAUGUUUGUGCUGCAAGGCAACACAAUGGACCAACACAUGGGCCCAAACUUCAAGAUCCCAUCAGCUUCCCUCUCCCUCUUUGACACAGUCAGUGUCAUUUUCUGGGCUCUUAUAUAUGACCAAGUCAUUGUCAAAUUGGCAAGGCGGUUCACUGGCCAUGAAAGAGGCUUCACCCAGCUGCAAAGGAUGGGCAUUGGCCUUGGCUUGUCCAUAUUUUCCAUGGUUGUUGCUGGGAUUUUGGAAGUUGCUAGGCUUGGCAUUGUAAGGAAGAACAAUUAUUAUGACCUUGAGUAUAUACCCAUGUCAAUCUUCUGGCAAGUUCCUCAAUAUUUUAUCAUUGGAUGUGCAGAAGUUUUCACUUUCAUUGGACAGUUGGAGUUUUUCUAUGACCAGGCACCUGACGCCAUGAGAAGCUUGUGCUCUGCUCUCUCACUUACCACAGUUGCUUUGGGUAAUUACCUCAGUUCUCUGCUUGUCACUGUGGUAACUAAAGUUACCACAAGAAAUGGGCACCUGGGUUGGAUCCCAAAUAACUUGAACAGAGGCCAUCUUGACUAUUUUUACUGGCUCUUGGCUGCCCUCAGCAUCAUCAACUUCUUUGUGUAUCUGUGGAUUGCUAAGUGGUAUACUUACAAGAAGGUGACAGGACGGACGAACUGAUAGAGGUUACAGCAGAAAGCCACUAGGAGGAGACU